CUAGCAUGCGCGCCGCCAUCUUGGGGACGCCGUACGUAACGAAAGAGAAUGACGUAUUUCCGGUGCUUUUCCUUCCGCGCGGGGUUUUUGACCAGCUUCGGCCGUUAGGAGCAUCCGUUGCCGUUCUUUCGGUCCCUACAUUCAGUAAAGGAAACUCUGUUCCACCAGAGAAGCACUUUUCUCCUUGUGGUGAAAAUACAGUGAAAAUGGGUGAAAAUAGAGCUUCCUUGCAGAAAGGUGUUUUAUCGCACCUGGAGCAGUUGGAGGCUGCUGCCCACGAAGUCGCACUGAAACGGGGAGAACUGAAGGCGCAGGAGGAAGACACGGCCAGGAUGAAGCGGAGAAUCAAGGAGCUGCGUCGCCAGAGGGAUGCACUGAGGACCAAGCUGGACUUGUGCCGUUCUCAGCUCAUUGGAGGCAAAAACACCACAAAUGUCGACUCUGGCACCACAGAAGCUGGUCAGCAAGCCCUCUUGGAGUGGAAGACAGAGACGCUCAAGGGCCUCCUGCAAGUUUUCCAUCUGACAGGCCUCAGUGGGAAGCUGACCCAGCGCGGGGCCUGCUUCUGCUUCAGCACUGCCUUUGAAAACACCUACCUGGACUCCUAUUACCUGGACCUUCUCAUCAAGCAGCCGGUCCAGAUCCUGCGCCACUCUGUCCCGCCCUUCAUCCCCUUGGAGCAAAUUGCUCACAAGUAUCUGCAGACGGAUAUCAAGCGCUUCCUGACGGUGCUCUCAGGCCACCUGAAUGCUUUGGCCGGGAGGAAAUUCCAGGUGGAUCAGUUGCAGGAGAAUUAUGCUGCUUUUCUUGAUGGAGGUUUGCAGGGAAAUUCCUUGUGCAAUCUGCUGGAAUUCAGCUACCGUUUGGCAAGAGACAGCGAGGCGUUUCCAUUCGUGGCCAGGCUCACUUACGCAAACCUUGUCAGCACCCUCCCCACUGAAGCCACCAUCUCUUGUAAAGAAGAUGCUCCGGCUUUCUUGGCAGAGUUGACCGCCGCUCACGAAGCCUUGUUCCGCGAGAAACCUCUCCACCGGGUCUUCAGCGCCAUCACAGCCUCCACCGACAGCCCAAGCCAGUCUCUUUCAAGGGAGUCACCGCUUAUCUCCUCCACAUCUUUGUCCUCUGAGGGUCACGACGGCAGGCGUCCUCCUGAGGCUGCUGCAAAGUGAAGUCCAUCAAGAGUGAUCAUAUCCUCAAAACCUCUCUGUGAUUGUCCUCCCAACCCUGUUCUACACCUGUGAAACGUGGACGGUCUACAGACCUCACAUUCAACUCCUGGAGCGUUUCCAUCAGCAUUGCCUCCAAAAAUCCUGCAAAUCUCUCAGGAAGACAGACGGGGAAAGAUCAGCGUGCUUGAGGAAGCAAAGACCACCAGCAUUGAAGCAAUGCUCCUACGCCAUCAACUUCGCUGGACUGGCCACGUUGUCCGAAUGCCCAAAGAUCACCGUCUCCCAAAGCAGCUACUCUACUCCAAACUCAAGAAUGGGAAACGGAAUGUUGGUGGGCAGGAAAAGAGAUUUAAAGAUGGGCUCAAAGCCAAUCUUAAAAACUGUGGCAUAGACACUGAGAACUGGGAGCCCUGGCCCUUGAGCGCUCCAACUGGAGGUCAGCUGUGACCAGCAGUGCUGCGGAGUUCGAAGAGGCACGAACGGAGGGCUUAAGGGAGAAACGUGCCAGGAAGAAAGUGCAUCAAACCAACCCUGACUUGGAAACUGAUGUCCUUACUGCGGAAGAAGAUGCGGUUCAAGAAGUGAUCUCCACAGCCACCUAUGCAUCCACCACCAAAACACUACACUUGGAUGGCCAUCAUCCUCAGGCUACGAGGGAUCGCCUAAGUAAGUAAGUAAGACUUGUAAGCCAGCAGAGGGUGACAAAUAGCUAAAACAACAAAUAGGGAGUGCGGUGUUUGCAGAAAACAUUGAAAAGCCCUGCACUUUCCACUGUCUGACUGUGCCGGUCAUGAACCCCUUGGAAAAGAGCAUACUAUAUCUCACCCUAUACCUAAAGGGUGAUUUGGGGCAAGUCUCUUAGCCUCUAAGGCAGGGGUCCUCAAACUUUUAAAGCAGAGGGCCGGUCCACAAUCCUUCAGACUGUUGAGGGGCCAAAUUAUCAUUUGGGAAAAAGAACCCAAACAAAUUCCUAUGCACACUGCACAUAUCUUAUUUGCAGUGCAAAACAACGACAUUAACAAUGAAAGAACAAUACAAUAUUUAAAAAUGAAAAUAAUUUUAACCAACAUAAACCUAUCAGGAUUUCAAUAGGAAGUGUGGGCCUGCUUCUGGCCAAUGAGAUAGUCAGGUUAAUUGGGAUUGUUGUUGUGUGUCUUCAAGUCAUUUCAGACUUUGGGCAAGCCUAAGUCCAAAAUUAUUUAUUUAUUCAUUUACUAGAUUUAUUUACUACAUUUAUAUCCCACCCUAAUCACCCCGAAGGGAACUCAGAGCAGCUGUAUGUACAUACAGUAUAUUAUAUUAUUAGCAUAGCACAAUAUUAGCAUUAUAGCAUAUUAGCAUUAUGAACUAUAUCACUAUACUGUAAUAUUAUAUGUAAUAUAUAACAUAUAAUUAAUAUUAUAUGGUAUUAUUAUUAGUAUUAUAUUGUAUAAAAUGAUAAUAUUAUUAUCAAUAUCAUAUGUAUAUACAAUAUAUUAUAUUAUUAAAAUGGAUAUAAAAAUAUUAUAUUAUAAAUGAGGGCGGGGGCCAGGUAAAUGACCUUGGAGGGCCGCAUCCGGCCCCCGGGCCUUAGUUUGGGGACCCCUUCUCUAAGGAAGACAAUUUGACAUGGAACAAAUUGUGCCAAGAAAACAUUAGGAAAGAGUCAACUCGAAAGCACAAAACACCAACAGCCAUCAAGCAGGGGAAACAAAGUCACACCUUCCCUGGAUUUGCUGGUGGAAGUCUACCACAUCCUGCGCAAGUUUAUAGUCCUCAUCAAGGAAAUACAUAGGCAGAUGAGCUAGCUGGCAGGAAAGCCUUUCCUCCAUUGCACUCUGCGUCUAUAUUCUAUUUUUGUUUGUUAGACUGAUAUUUCUCAGAGACACGUCUUUUUUAUGUUCAAAGUUUCUAGCCAGAUGCUCCAUUUCUGUCCUCCUGUGAGCAUGGGUAGAGACAUGGGCCAGGCUGUGGCACAGCUGGCUAGUAACCAGCUGCAAUAAAUCACUACUGACCGAGAGGUCAUGAGUUUGAAGCCCGGGUUGGGUUAAGCCCCCGACCAUUAAAUAGCCCGGCUUGCUGUUGACCUAUGCAGCCCCGAAAGACAGUUGACAGUUGUAUCUGUCAAGUAGGGAAAUUUAGGUACGCUUUAUGAGGGAGGCUAAUUUAACUAAUUUACAACAUCAUAAAACUGCCAGCAAAACACUAGGAAAGGAAUGAGGAAGUACAGCCACUAGUGGACGGUGAAGCAACAGCUCCCCCUGUGGCCAGAAUCGUGAAGCUGGGGGAAAAAAAGUUAAAUGCCUCUGUGUCUGUCUAUACUGUAUGUUGUUUGUCUGUUGGCAUUGAAUGUUUGCCAUAUAUGUGUUCAUUGUAAUCUGCCCUGAGUCCCCUUCGGGGUGAGAAGGGCGGAAUAUAAAUACUGCAAAUAAAUAAAUAAAUAAUAGAGACGAGAUAACUCUAGAGAGAGAGAUGGUUAUUAGUCAGGUCCUAACAUCUCUAUAAAGAAAUGUAGUUCUUUCAGGAAAGUCUUCUGUAACUUUUAAAGCCUGACUACUUUGCUCCUCUAAUUGCUGAAGCUCGUUUGCUCGACCGCUGUGCUCAUGAAGCUUCUGGUCUGCCAAAACUGCUGCCGUUACUGAUUUACCAUUUUCAAAACUUUUCCUUUUUUGAAAUCAUCAAAUAUUUGCAAGAUCUGAGCAAGGCAGUGGAGAACUGGUGCAUGGUGUCAUUGUUAUUAUUGAUGGCAGAAAAAAUGGAUCUGGAUUUCUUCGGAGGAAUGCCACAUUUAUCCUGUUUUCUUGGUCAAAAUGAGCACAAUGGAAUGAUGGGAUGUGCAAUGCAGUAUGUGGAAAAAUCAGGGCUAACACCUCCCAACAAAGGAGAUUAAAACUAUGUUUUAAUAUGUGGUAUUAUAGAUGUUUUUUGGCUGUGCUAUACCCCAUCUUGAGCCCAAAAGCGAAGCUGAUAAUAUAUUAAAUAAUAAUAAUAAUAAUAAUAAUAAUUUGAUUGAAGUCAAGAAAUUCCUCAAAGCACAGCAAAGAAUCAGUACAAGAAAACUGCACUACAAACUAGAGCUGACAGUUGGCACAACAAAACAUUGCAUGGAAACUUCCUUGACAAAAUUGAAGGAAAAGCUGAUAAGGAGAAGACCUGGCUCUGGCUCACCAAUGGGACCCUGAAGAAGGAGACAGAAGGCCUGAUCCUUGCAGCCCAGGAGCAAGACAUCAGGACAAAGGCAAUUCAGGCCAAGAUCAAAAAAUCAGCUGAUGACCCAAAAUGCAGACUGUGCAAGGAAGCUGACGAAACCAUGGAUCAUAUCCUCAGCUGCUGUAAGAAAAUCGCACAGACAGACUACAAACAGAGGCACAACUAUGUGGCCCAAAGGAUUCAUUGGAACUUAUGCCUCAAGUACCACCUCCCAGCGGAAAAGAUCUGGUGGGAUCACAAACCUGCAAAAGUAUUGGAAAAUGAGCACGCAAAGAUACUGUGGGACUUCCGAAUCCAGACUGACAAAGUUCUGCAACACAACACACCAGACAUCACAGUUGUGGAAAAGAAAAAGGUUUGGAUCAUUGAUGUUGCCAUCCCAGAAGACAGUCGCAUUGACGAAAAACAACAGGAAAAACUCAGCUGCUAUCAGGACCUCAAGAUUGAACUUCAAAGACUCUGGCAGAAACCAGUGCAGGUGGUCCCGGUGGUGAUGGGCACACUGGGUGCCGUGCCAAAAGAUCUCAGCUGGCAUUUGGAAACAAUAGACAUCGACAAAAUUUCGGUCUGCCAACUGCAAAAGGCCACCCGACUGGGAUCUGCACGCAUCAUCCGAAAAUACAUCACAGAGUCCUAGACACUUGGGAAGUGUUCAACUUGUGAUUUUGUGAUACGAGAUCCAGCAUAUCUAUCUUGUUUGCUGUGUCAUACAACGUUGUUGUGUCAAUAAUAAUAAUAAUAAUAAUAAUAAUAAUAAUAAUAAUGAAAUUAACAGCUUCUGAAUCUUCUUUGUGGAGACCAAAAACAGGGUAUAAAUAAUAAUAAAAUAAUAAUAAUUCUGACCAAAGAAUACCACACUGGAGUACUUAGAAAAUGCCAAGAGAAGACAUCUUUUGUUGUAUUCGGAUAAAUGAAACUCUGGUACUGGUUCCACAGAUAUGGGUAUGACUUGCAAUACAAUAUAGUGUAUUGCAAGGGAUUCCCCUUAUUGCAGAUUUUGAUGUUGGAGAUGGGUGACAAAGUGAGCUCUUCCUCUCUCUUUCUGUCUCUCCUCCCUUGCGUUUCUGAAAGCUCACCAAGGUUUCGCAGCAUGGAAAUGGCAAUAUUUCCAUAUCAGCUUCAUCACAGAAGGGUUCAAGGUCUGGCCAAUUAUUAACAGUGUCUAAAAAUAAUCUCCGCUGCAGCUGGCCUUUCACUAAUUCCCCUUAAUGAUCUCCACGGUUCUGUAAACAAUUAUUGGCUCCGCCAGAAGGAGAGGCUUGGCCAGGGAGAAGUCCCACCACGGCCCACCCACGAAGAAAGAAGAUUUGGGGUGAACGUUAGGUUCAGGGUCACUUUGGUCUCUGGAGAUCCCUUCCAACUCUGGGAUCUUAUGAUUCCAAGAAAAGGCUAUAGAGGCAAUGAGUGGGUUCCUCUGCCUUUACUCCAUAUGCCUUACUCACCA